AGAUGGCAGCCACGCUGCCUACCAUUUAAAUUCACCACCAAAGAAGGCUAAAAGCGGAAGUUAGCAACACGUUUGCUAGUCGGGCGAGCUAACGCGAUCGGAAGCGAGAAAAUGUGCAAAGUGAAAAUGUUGCGGGAGUUGGUGAAGCAGCGGCUGAAUGUGGCCGUCGAAGAGAUAUUCCAACUCUUCGAGAGAACCAUCGCGGACUACGAGGAGGAACUUUGCCGCACCAAAGUGGAGAACGAGCGGCAGCGCGAAAUUCUGGACGCGGUCCUCCAGCCUCAAGUUGGAUUACCCGCAUCGGACAUCCGGCAGGUGUUGGUGGAGAGCGAAGACGAGGGUCCAACGGAACCCUCCGACAUUAAAGAGGAAGACGAGGAGGACAAGUGCACCCUCAUCACCGUGAAGAGCGAAGGUGACAGCAGCGCUCGACGCGGUGAGGAAAACCCAGACCGCGGAAGUCCGGGAGCCGAAGCUGAGGGGCGACAAGCCGACGCCCGCUUUGCCCCGCUGUCCGACACAGACGACGCCGUGUCAGCGUUUUCUGACAGCGACGACGCCAAAGAAUCGUCGGACCCAAAAGGUGACGACAGUCCGUUCACGUGCAGCCAAUGCGGGAAAGCGUUUGUCCAAAGGGGGAAUUUGAACAGACACAUGAGAACGCACAGCGGAGAGAAACCGUUUGUGUGUUCGUUCUGCACGAAAAGCUUCACCAGGAAGUCCGAUUUGAAGGUUCACGUGCAGGCAAAACACACGGGCGAGAAACCCUUCAACUGUGACAUUUGCGCUAAAAAGUUCUCCGUGAAGAAAUACUUGAUGAUACACAUGAGGACGCACUCUCUGGAUAAAACUUUCGCCUGCUCGGCCUGCGACGCGGGUUUCUCGACAAAAGGCGAACUGGAAGCGCACGGCGACGGCGAGCGCUGCGGCGGGUCGCCGGCGGACGUGGCGGCGCACAGCGACGGCGAGCGUCGCGGCGGAUCCCGAGCCGGCGCAGACGACGCCGCGUCGCGCUCUUCCGAGACCGACCGCCCUCAGAAAACCCAUAAAGGCGAGCCGCCGCCGCCCGCCUACAACGCGCAGUGCAUCUGCGCCGAAUGCGGCAAAACGUUCACCCUGAAGGGAACUUUGAAACGACACAUGCGCACGCACACCGGGGAGAAACCCUUCAGCUGCGCCGUGUGCGCCAAAAGCUUCUCCACCAAGUCCGACAUGAAGACGCACGAGGAGACGCACACGGACGAGAAGCCCUUCGCCUGCACCGUCUGCGGCGAGACCUUCUCCCUCAAGCAGUACUUGAGGAUCCACAUGAAGCGGCACUUUGCCGACAAGCCUUUCAGCUGCACCGUGUGCGCCAAACGCUUCUUCACCAAAGCGCACCUGAAGACGCACAUGAGGACGCACACGGGGGAGAAACCCUUCAGCUGCGAGGUGUGCGGCCGCUGCUUCUUCUGCAAGCGCGACGUCAGGACGCACAUGCGGACGCACACCGGCGAGAAACCCUUCGCGUGUCCCGUGUGCAAAAAAGGCUUUUCCACCAAAGCGUACGUCACCAUGCACAUGAGGACGCACACCGGGGAGCGCUUGUUCAGCUGCGACGUCUGUCACAAAAGGUUCACCUUUAAGUCGCAAGUCAACAGCCACGUGUGUACCAGGGACAAAAGCAAUAAAGAUGCCGAGGGACUUUGAUGGGACAUUAUGCCUUUUUUUUUUAUUGUCCAGCGAUUUACAUCACUUCACAGGUGUCUUAAUAAAAAGUCUGACAUGCUUCA